AAAAAUUGAAUUGGAAGGCUGCGACAAUAAUUAGUGUUGCUAAAUGUUUAACAUAUUGAUUGUCACUUGAUGCAUCUGUUUAAAACCCACCCCUAGCUGCCUUUCUGAUAAUUAAGUCAUUGAAUUUUUAUUUGAGAAAUGUGAUUUUAUGAGGGAUUUCAAGUUUUGAAUGGCAUUAUCAAAUUGUGGGGUCUGAGAAUGUCAACCCAAAGAGUAUUGUUGAAUUUCUAUGACAGAUGAAGUGAAAAAUUACGGUUAAUAUAACUUGACGGCCAUGUGUAGAGGGAUAAGAUACUAAGUACCAAUGACAGCUGCCUGAAGUUAAUGGUAAGGAAUAAAGUAAACACUGCAGGAGUAUCUGUGACAGGACUUCUAAAUCACUUUCCCAUGCAAAACUGCAUCAGAUGUCAUAUUCUUCUGGGGCCAUAAGACAAAAGAUGUUGCCUGAACCAAGAAAUGUGAAUGAAUCUUAUUUCUAUACACGUAAUGUUGUCUCCCCUUCACAACAGUAAGAAGAUUUGUCUUGGUAUGGAGUAUAUUAUCUCCCUGCCUUGAAUAAAAGCAUUGAAUGCUGUCUGGCUGCAAUUAAAAUAAAUUUACUUCAGGGAAUAUUGAGGCUGAUAAAGGAUGUAUUGGUGAAAUUCAUUUUCUUGUGAAUCAUCAGAGUAGACUAUGAUUGGAGAUUCUCACUAAGAAGGGCUGGACCACAUAAGUGUAUGCUGGAAUCAAAAUGGUCUUUGACGUUACACUGUGAUCAAGUGCAUAUUCAACCAAUGGGCGUCCUACGUUAUGUCCUCUCCACUGCUUUCUCAUUUCGGAACUUUUUUUUUUAGUUUUUUUGUCUUGAUGGCUUGUCAUUAUUGAUGUUUUUGCACAGCAGUAAUACAUGCCCUUGAUUUUAUCUAAAGUAUAUUAAGAAAACUUUCGAAUGGCGUAUUCAUGAUUUUAGACCUGUUUCCGAAGUUAAGAGAUUAAAUCUCUUGUCAGCUUGAAGAAAGUCAGCCGCUGAUUGAUGGGCCUGUAUAUUGACUAAUCAAAAUUCAUGAAGAAAUAUAUGGACACAUUCCUAUGAAGAUCUUUCCUUUUAUGGUUUGGAUUACUUAAAAAAGGUUUCUUCCUUAGAGGGGAAAUUGCAUGUGAAAUGGGAUUCAUACAGCAAUUAUGACUGAAAAUGGAGUAGUGUUCAACAGGUUUCAGAUACAGUGACUUUUUAGUCAAACUAUACUGAAAUCAAGGGAAGUGGGGGAAAAUUUCAUAGAGAAGUGAAUUAAAAUGCUUAAAGAGAAUAAAUUGUUUUGCAAGAGUGCUAUGAUGUUUCACACAUCAGACCACGGGCACACAAAUGCAAAUAUGACUCAUCGGCGCAGAAACCGAACAAGAAAAUUUAACUUGAAUAUGUCUUGGUAUGGGACUUUGUAUAAACGAAUCAAAGGAUCUCAAAAAACGUGGACUCUACAUCAUAAUCCUUUGCAUGACCCAGAGAACACAUUUUUAAGUUUUUCCAAUCCAAACUACCAAUUUGAAGAUCAGUUGAGAAUGAAAUCCAGUAAACUCCGCAAAGAUGCUUAUCACAAUGACAGUAACAUCUACGACGAAGAGGACGUUACAUCUAUAUCUCUGUUAGACAAUAAAUCGGUGUCAGAAAAAUACUCUAACAAUGGGGAGAAACAACGUCUGCUGGACGAAUUGUCGGCAGACAGCUCAUCAGAAGAGGAAGAAGAGAGUGAAUGUGAAAACAAAGACCUGAAAGAAAAUACUUGGAAAAACAAGAAAAAUCUAAUGGAGAAAGGAGACAGGAUGUCACAGGAAGUGAGUGCAGGGACUGGCAAGAAAUACACUGGCUUCCUGGAUUACUACUCCAUGCUGGAGAGUAAAGCCAAGGAAAAGUCCCAGUCCGUAUCGUCUGACCUGGAUCUGGAACUGGAGUGGAGUGGAAUUACGUCCCCGGUCAGCCAGACCAAAGUCAAGUUUGACAUAAACUCGCCUGACAGUGGUAUUCAUUCAGACGCCAGGUCAGAUGAUGGGUCACAUGUUCAUGGACCAAUCAACGAUGACAUCUACUCAGUGGUCAAUAAGUCAUCAGAACCGGAAAACUCCGAAGAAACAACACCUACCGGGGAUGCACCAGAGGAAGAAGGGCUGCCACCUGGGUGGGAGAAGUGUGAAGAUGAAGAGGGGGCAUACUAUUGGCACAUCAAAAGUGGCACCAUCCAGAGGGAGCCACCAUCUCCAGCACCACCUGAUGUCAAACAAACCACACUCAGGUCACUGUCGGUCAAGAGCAAUUCCAGCUCUGACUCCACCACUCAAGGAUCCGUGCCCUCCAGUCCUUCUAGUAUAUCCUCUAAUACAGACGAACCCCUGAAGGCAUUUGAAGGUCAUGCCCUACAGUAUGCUGCAAACACACUGCAAAAAAUUUCCUCAAACCAGGAGAGACAUCCAGAAUCAAAGGAAGUCAAACCCCAUGAGAAGCCAGUUCGUUUUGCUGUUCAGUCCUUGGGCUGGGUUAGGAUAGCUGAGGAAGAUCUGACCCCUGAGAGAAGCAGUCGAGCUGUCAAUAAAUGCAUUGUCGAUUUGUCUUUUGGCAGGAAUGAUAUCAAUGAUGUAGUCGGUCGAUGGGGGGAUGGUAAGGAUCUGUAUAUGGACCUAGACCAGGACAGCCUGAGGUUGAUGGACACACAGGACUUCACAAUCCUUAAUUCUCAGCCUAUUCAGUCCAUUAGGGUCUGGGGAGUUGGCCGUGACAAUGGACGAGAUUUCGCCUACGUUGCUCGUGAUAAAGCAACAAGGAAGCACAUGUGUCAUGUGUUCCGCUGUGACACCCCAGCCAGACACAUUGCUAACACACUCAGAGACAUCUGUAAGAAAAUCAUGUUGGAACGACAUUUGGAACAAAAUGCUGUGGUCCAGCGCCUCAGUCGACCCACUGACCUCCCAAACCUGGACAAAUCUAACGGGCAGACAAAUGGACAGAAGCUAUCCUUUCAGAGUCUGUACAGCAGUAUUUCAUUUCCAACCCCAAUGGAAGAACCAAAGAAGAUCAUUCGUUGUCAUUAUCUGGGCCGGGAGAUGGUCUCGAAGCCCACAGGGACUGACACGCUUAACAGUGCCAUAGAGUCUUUAUAUAGUCGUAUUCCCCCAGAAAAAUGGAUCUUUGUGGAUGUGGCUAUAGCCCCCUCUACUCUCACCAUUACAGAGCACGGGAAACCAGAGAAUAAGGUGGAUGAUUGCCGUAUCCGCUUUUUGUCGUUCAUGGGAAUAGCUAUGGAGAAUUCCAAAUUGGGUGGUUUCAUCAUGCAUGGAGCGGAGGAUCAAUAUUAUGCCCACGUGUUUCACUGCGAACCUUCAGCAGGACCUAUGUGUAAAACUAUAGAGGCUGCUUGUAAGCUACGAUUCCAAAAAUAUUUGGAUGCACAUGGAAUUCAGACACCGACUCCAACACAGAAGAACAAGUUGGAGAGUUUAGGUGAAACAUUCAAGGCAGGGGUGAAGGCCAGUGCUGUGGGUGUACAGUCAGGGGUCAAGGCCAGUCUGCAGGGAGUUCAGUCUGUGUUCAGUUUACUCAAAAGUAAAGUCAAAUCAGACCAGACAUGACCUUGUUUUUACAUAGAGCUUUGGUGCUUGUUUUCGACACAGUGUUCAGAGUUUUGUGGAGACGUUAAAGUCCCCAGUCAAAUAAAUCUAAGAAGAAGAGAUGGUAACUUAUAGAUAGCUAGCAGAGAGAACACAAACAGCUGAUUUACAUAACUAAUAGUCGUGUUAGACAUGUUGUGUGUGAUGGUGUUCAUUAACAGAUUUAGGUCAGGCAGUAUAAUUAAGGUGAUAUGCAAACAUUCUUUACGUGCUUGUCAAUUUUUUUUUUUUAUUGGUAGUGUAUCCUGAGGAUUUCGUGACCUUGCAUAGCAUAAUUUAUGUAAUUAUUGAGGAUUUGUAUUUACCAAACUUGUUUUCUGGUCUUUUUUAUAGGUAAUAUUUCAGGGCCGUAAGUAGGGUUCUAAAUCAGGGGAGGCAGGGGAUUGGGGGCCGCCGAUUGACUUUACAACUGAAAAUGACACUUUUUAAAUCCCAAUUUAUCAUGUUUGUGUUUCAUUUGUACUAUGUAAAGAAUCGUAAUAUGGUGUCAAAGACAAAGGUGCUUGUCUUCAUUUUAAACAUAUAUCCUAUAAUAUAACAUUUAUAUAAUUUUAUUUUCUUUUUUGCCAAAAAAUCAGACGAGGCAGUUGCCUCGUCUGCCUCAUCGGCAGUUACGGCCCUGUAUUUGUAAGUCAAAUUAAAUCAUUUGUUGAAGAGCAAAGAAAACUAUGACCAAGUCAUAACAAAUAAAAACAACUAAGCUGAAAAUACAAGUUGUGUAACCUAAUGGCGAGAGCCUGCUCUUUAUUUUGCUGUUAAACCUAUUUUUUAGCGCAAGGUUUCUGAGGGAAACAUUAACUGUGCAUUCCACAUAUUUUGUAAUUGUUUGUAAAAGUUUUUAAUACUUAGCUUUAAUUCUUGUUUUUGUACAUGAUGCAUUCUAUGCGUAGAUGUUUGCCAAAUAAGGUAUGUUUUGUUAACAGUUGAAUUUUAUACUGUAGUUUUUAUAGCCUUUGUUUUCAAAUGUUUUUCAAUCCAUGCAUUUGUUAUCUAGCAAGUACAUAUAUCAAAGUUAAAUUGUUUUAAUGCUGUCUAUAAAUAUAUGUAAGCCACCAUUUAUAAGGGUAUGUCUGUUUUAAUGGGAAACUUAAUGAGGACCAGUUUAAUGCUAGUUAUUGUGAUAUUUGUAAGGGCAUUCGUACUUAGUUUGUAUGCUUUGUAUACAUCUUUCAUUUCUUCCAGUGUUUUUAAUUUCUAUUUGGAUUAUACAUUAUUCCUGCGUGUAAUGUUAUUAGAACUAAUGAUGAAUUGUGUUACUGCUAUUUAAAAUCCAAUGCCAGUUUAUGUACUCAUUCAAUGUUUUCCUGUUUCUGUGUAUCCAUGAUUUGCCAUACUAUAUGAGUUUUUUUUUUUUUUUUUUUACUUAUACAUAUGUGCAAUAUCAAAUGUAUUCAGGUGUAAGAACUAUGUUGUAGUGUUUGAACACUAAUAAUUCAAGGACCAUUUAUUUGUAAGAAAUCUCAUUUACCAGAAAUACAUGUACUGAUGUUUAUGCAUUUCGGUCAGAUAACCAAUGAUGGUGUGUUUAUUUAUAGACAUAAAGUUUGUUAAUUACCAUUUCUCAACAAGUCAGUUUUUAAACAAUAGAAAUUUCAUUGCGUUUUUUAGAUGUGAAGGAAUAGCAAACACUGCAUUACUAUUGAAAUUCAACAUAGUUACUAAUAAUAACACAGAAAUUUCCAAGAUUUUAGUCUUCCACCGAAAACUAGCACAGAACUUAUAAUAUUGUUAUUAUACAUGCUUUCUAGUAAGUUUUACUGUUAAUAUUGAUAAACAUAUUAACUAUUUGAAAUAGAUGCUGUGGGUUUAAUAGACAUCUACUUCAUGACUUAAUUUUGAUUAUUGGAUUGUAUUUUAUUGGAAGGCUUUGUUUAUAACACUCUUUGUUGCAUGUUAAUUUGAGUCCUUAACUUAAGCAAGGGUGGAUUCUCUUUUAAAAUCCAGGUGUUAUCCAAUUUAUUCUCCAAGGAAAGGUUGUCGCCAGCAUGUGAAUGACGAGACAUUUCAUAAGACGAGGUUGUGUUUUGUUUUUACUUAUACAAAAAAAUCAAAAUAUGGCUCUGUUAUUAUUGAGUUUAUUUCAAUUUUACAAAUGUAUACCAAUGUUGUUUCAAUGUUACGAAAUAUUUAUUUGUCUUUGCUGCCAAUUUUUGUUAGAUUUGAUAUCGGAUGAUUCUAUCAUACUUUGCAUACAUUGUCCUGUUAAAUUUAAAUGUUAUUCUUUCUAUUCUACCACAAGACCAAAUUCUCGAGAAAUAUUUGAAUAUACUGUGUAGAUUUUUGUUCAGAAACUGUUCUGACAAGCAUAUGUGAAAAACUGCCAUUUAAGAAAUGAACUUCAUUUUAGAAAGUAGAGGAGGGUAUGAACAGUGAUGCUUCACGCUGGAAUACUUCAGGAAGUGCAUUAGCGCGUCAUAAGAAGUAUGAUGACUUGAAGUGUUGCAGUUCAUACCCUCAUGUAUUUUCAAAAAUAAAGUUUAUUUCUUAUAUUUACAUUCUACUUUCAUUUCUGUCAGAAUUCCAAGCCAUUAGAAUAGGCGUAACAUAUUUAUCAGAUUCAGUAUGCAUUUUUCACAAUUUCAACACAUUCAUGAGGAAAUGGCUAUCAGUGCAAUCGUAAAGAUAUCAAAGGCAAGAACAUUGGAAAUGUAUAUAUUGUGUAUUAAUUUCAUUCUAGAAUUAUAAAGAUCAUGAUAUGUGACAUACCUAUUUUAUUCAUAACAAUUUGAUCAUAUCAGUAUCUUUAAAUCAAGAAAGCUAUACUAAAUUCAGCUGUUUAUAAAAACAAUGUCUAGAGUCGAUGAAUAAUAAAAAUGGUGAAAUAAAAUUCAAGAAAAUUGUUUUACUUUAGCAUUGCUAGAUUCUAUUUUCAUAUUGUAUACCAUAUUCAAAGGACUAUGUAUGAUAGAAGCCUUUAUGGGCCCACAUAAAACUCAAAAUUUCAAAGCUUUUAAAGAAAGGCUAAAGAAAAUAUUAUUUCAUAAAAGUGAUCAUAUCCAAUACCAUUUCACAUAAUUUGUCAUGAAAUUUACAGGUAUUUGGAGUACACCACAUCGAAAAUGAUGCGAUUUCUUGAUUCUACUUAAAUUUAGAUAAAAUGCUGACUUUUGUGAAUGUUUUUCUUUUUUCUGAAAGAAAAUCAAAGUAGCUUUGGAUAAACAAAAUUUUCUAUUACAUGUAUUGGAGAGAUAAAUUUAUGAUAUUGAAAAAUUGCCAUUUCAAAAUAUUACAAAUGUGGCACAACAUUGCCUUUAUGAUAAAAUGCAUGUCAUAAUUUCAGUUUUGCAUCAUUUUUCUCAAACUAAGUUGCAUUGGAACUUUUGCACAAAGUUCAUCUUAUUUUGAAACAAUAACACAAAUGUCCACUUGGUGGGUAAAUGAAGCCCUAUUUUAUCUAGUCCUUUGAUAAAGAUUUGGGGGGGGGGGGGGGGGGGGGUUCCAAGACCUAAUCUUAUCUAAAUUGAAAUCACUAAUAAUUGUUAUGAAUUUGAUUAUAGAUAAAAUAAUCUGACUUGAAUUCUAUGAAGAAUGAUAAUUUCCCCCUUUUUGCCACAGAGUGGUAUGUUGUGAAUGAAAGUUGAGCAAUGUAUUGUCUCGUCACUUUCUGUGUACAUGUUAGAUUUCAUGUUGUAGUUGUUACUCAAUAAAUGAAAUUGUUUACAUUAAUCAUUAUCCAGCUUUAAAAGUGGAAAAAGAUUCACACAUAUGUAAAUAACAGUUAAUGUUUUAUAUGGAAUUGGGGUAUUGAAGGAGUAAGAUGGAAUGUUAUUCAUAUUAAAAUCUUAACCAUUGCUUUUUAUUGCAAAAGUGUCGGAUUCAAACACUAAAAACUUUAAUUUUUGGUUUUGAAGUUAUUCUGUUUAUAGCUAACAAAACAUGAUCGAAUAAUUCCACUCUUGUUUUGUAUGUAAUUUCAGUUGUUACUGUGUUUUCUGAUAUUGCAAGUAAUAAACGAGCAUGAAUUUUGCUGAAAAUUC